UGCACAGCGCUGACCUGGCUGUACAUCCAGGGUUGAGUCUGCUAACCGGUUCUUCCUUUCCUUACAAAGAGACUAGGAGCUACUGGGACCAGGACAAAAGAGGAAAAGUGAUUCUUCCCCCAUUCCCCCUGCCAACCCCAGGGGCCUGGGAUUCUGAACCUCAAGGUUUCCCGCUUUCCCGAAAUGGGCGUAUGUCCACCCCCCACUGGCUCUUUCUGGUCACGUGAUCUUGAUAAGCCGUGGUGUUCAUCCCCAGGUGUCUGCCAGUCUUCAGAUUUCUUCAUCUCCCUCCAGCGAGGUGAGCAUCCAGGGGUGGGUCCUGGUCGCUUUAUUUUUGGUGACUAAAUCUUCCAAUCUUGUAGAACCGUGGACAGAGCCCAGAUCUCAAACUGCGCGCCAAGGCAGAACAUGCAAUCAAGACAGUAGUUGAGUACCCUCUUGCAAUUUAAAAAGUAUGUUAUAUUCCCCAGAUCUUUUGUAGAUAAGUACUCUUUCGUGGAUGAAGAAACUGAGGUUCACAGCCACACAGCAGCCUCCCGGGACUUGUGCUUUCAUUAGCACACGGGGUCUUUGUAAAAACAGUGAUUCAUUAAAGCCCUCCUCUGGGUAGGGGUAACUGUGGAUUCCUGGGGUUUAACUAGGCUUGCAGAGUUCCAGAACUCUGUCUUGUGGAUCCGGGCGGGCCUCAUCAGCAGGCAGCACGUUAGCCUCCUUCCCAGAGCAGCCUCACCGGCUUCAGCAAGUAACAGAGAACAGAGGGGCGAAUCUUUCCUCCUUGCUGGCAGAUCAGUUGGCUGAGCCUCACAACAGGCCAACUACCAGGAGACAAGAUGCUGAGGCAAGGAAGACUCCAUGAGAAGAGAGAAGAAAGUUUUGGCUGGUGAUCAAUGAGGAAGGGAACAUGGUUACUGCUCGGCAGGAACCUCGCUUAGUCCUGAUUUCCAUCACCUGUGACGGCGACACUCUGACGCUCAGUGCAGCCAACUUGAAGGACCUGCUACUGCCCAUCAAAACACCUACUGCAAAUGCGUUGCGCAAGUGCAGAGUACAGGGCCUGGACGUGCAGGGCAGGGACUGUGGCGAGGUGGCUGCACAGUGGAUAACCAACUUCCUAAAGACGAAGCCCUACCGCCUGGUGCACUUUGAGCCCAACAUGCGACCAAGAAAUUCUCAACAAGUCGAGCCCUUGUUCCGGCCCAAAGACCAGGUUGCCUACUCAGAUGCCAGCCCGUUCAUGGUCCUUUCUGAGGCAUCGUUGGGUGAUCUCAACUCCAGGCUGGGGGAGAAGAAAGUUAAAGCAUCUAACUUCAGGCCCAAUAUUAUAAUUUCAGGAUGUGAUGUCUUUGCAGAGGAUACUUGGAAUGAGGUUCUUAUUGGGGAUGUGGAACUGAAAAGGGUGAUGGCUUGUUCCAGGUGCGUGUUAACCACAGUGGACCCCGAUACUGGCAUCAUGAGCAGGAAGGAACCCCUGGAUACACUGAAGAGUUAUCGCCUGUGUGACCCUUCAGAAGAAAAGUUAUAUGGAAAAUCACCCCUCUUUGGACAGUAUUAUGUUCUGGAAAACCCAGGGACAAUCAAAGUGGGAGACCCUGUGUACCUGCUGGUUUUAGGCAAAGAGAAGAGAAAAGAAGGAAGAAUGGGGCCUUUGGCAGGGCAACUGGCACUUCAGAGGAACCCUCAUCUGGAAGGGGUACCAAGAUACCCUUUUUUACUUAGUGGGAACCCCCUUCUGCUCCUUGGAGGAAGGUUCCUGUUUGAAGAGAGAGGCUCCAGAGACCUCCAGAAGCUCACGGUGGUUGCCAAGCUCUCUAUUCUGACCUGUGUGUUCUAUAGUCCAGUCCUGGUGGAGCCCAAUGGAAUCUAUGUCAAGUCUAACUUCUAUCUCCCUUUUUAGGAUUUUUGAAGAGUACUGUAAAUAAAGUACUGUCAUAAUUAUUUCUGAUUAAUAUUUUUUGCACCUAGUAAAGUCUCAGUGAGAUGGAGUUUAGUUGGGCUGGGGAGGGGCAUCUUCAAGAUGAGUCGUCCAGCAAUUAAAGAGCUUGUUAGUCGGAGGCCCAGGACGGCCGAGGACAGCUGGAGAGCUCUUCUUUGCAAGCAGCUCUGGUUAACAUCAACCAGGAAAGCUCUUUGUAAACACAUGAAUAAUUGAUCGUCCAGUGCUCACAUAGCUACCGAGGAUCUGAGCCCGUGUGACUCAUUUGCGAACCAUUCCUGUCGUCUGGAUGCCAUAACAUUGGAGGAAUGAUGACCGUUUCUUGGAGGUUCUUCUGUGGCCAGAGUUGCCAAGACCAAGACUGUAAUGGUUUGUUAUGAUGACCUUUGUUAUUCCAUUAGGCUCAAUUGCUUUAAAAAAUGAUGUGUGCAUACUUUAGGAACGUUUUUACCCUUUACAUUGACCUGACAUCAUAGUUUAUAUUACAAAAUGUAUUAAUGACAGAGGAGUGUUUUCAUGUCCCAAGGACAAGUUUUAACAACCAUAAUCUGCCCUUAGUCAUCAUAAAUAUAAAUGUAUUGGUCAAACAGAUCUCGUUAAUGUGGCCAAGAUAAAUGUAAGUCUAUAUUUUAAGACCGAUGAAGUCCUAAAGAAUAUAUGUGGAGCUUUUUGUGGGCAAAGAGACCUUGUAUAUGUGCUAUCAGAAGGCUGAGAAAAUGAUCAUGCUUACCCCUCUGGUUUUGCAUUGGACAGAUAUAAAUGUCUUGAGGAUGUCGAGUAAGAUUGUUCACAUAGUUUCUGGACACCAUUAAUGCUUGAUGGGGUGAAUCUUAGUUCUUAAAGCUGUAUUCUUCUUAUUAGGCUCACAGGGCUUUUGAAAAGAAAGCAAAAUAAAGAUUUCAAGUCUUCGUUGUGCUGUGCAACCAACAUUUUUCUGAAUUAUACAGCCUCUUAAGUUUUUAACUGUAUCAUCCUCCUCACUCUGCAAUAUCCCAAUUCCUGUGGGACAAGUCCCUUUUCUAUGGAUAUGUGCCUGACACUUUGCAUCAUACCAGUUGAAGGAACAUAUCAGCACACAGUGCUCUGCAUGACCCAUGGAACGGGAUGAACGCUUUGUCUUCCUCUUUGUUACACCACACUCAGAAGUGCUGGUCUUUGUUAGUGAUGUCCGCAUCAUAAGCUUCUUAGGCAGAAAAUAAAUCCUUAUUUAAGAAACACUUUUUAAUA